AUGGAUCUCGGCAGUUUAGCCAACCUCCAAACGGAGGGGGUCAAUCCCCGAACCGUGCAUAUCGAUCGCAUGUCGACACUGGAGAUGUGUACUGUGAUCAAUGCGGACGAUCAGAAAGUGGCAGAGACAGUUGUUCCUUGCUUGCCCGUGAUUGCAGGCGCCAUCGACGCAUUGACCCCGCGGGUUCGACAAGGGGGCCGGGUGAUCUAUGUUGGUGCUGGAACCAGUGGAAGGCUUGGAGUCUUGGACGCAUCGGAGAUUCCCCCCACAUUCGCAGCACCUCGUGGACAGUUCGUCGGUCUCAUUGCAGGCGGCGAUGCUGCUAUCAGAUCAGCGCAAGAGGGUGCUGAGGAUAACGAGAAAGCAGGCGAGGAAGAGAUGAAAGCCCUGAACCUUAACCCUGAACUCGACAGUAUCAUUGGAAUUGCCAGUUCAGGACGGACACCAUAUGUACUGGGUUGCCUCGCUUUUGCUAAGAGCAUCGGCUGUUUGACAAUCGCUGUUGUUUGCACAAGUCCGUCCGCAAUAGGCUCUUCGGGUAAUACUGAUUUUCUUAUUGCACCCAUAUCAGGACCGGAAGUGGUCACUGGUAGCACGCGGCUAAAGGCCGGCACUGUGACGAAGCUAGUCUUGAAUAUGCUCAGUACUGGCACCAUGAUCCGCACGGGAAAGACCUACGGAAACAUGAUGGUUGAUCUCGUGGCCUCGAAUCUGAAACUCGAGCAGCGAUCCCGGAAUAUCCUGCGGAGGCUGAGUGCGAAGUGUCAUUCCGCGUCCGAUGAGGAAUUAGAUGAGCUCUUGGCGAAAAGCAACCGAAGUGUCAAGCUGGCUAUCUUGGCUGCAGAAAGCGGAGAGUCAGUUGCGACAUGCCAAGGCUACCUCGAGGCUGCUGGUGGAGUUUUGGCCAGGGCACUGGCUGUAAUCUCUAAGCCCAUCUCUAGGGCCAACGAACAGAAUCCCAUGAGCUCCAAAGCUACCCGAAAAUUCGUCUUAUGCAUCGAUGGCGGUGGCACAAAAUGUGCCGCUGUGGUGGCCGAAGGAACCAGUAUCGUGGGCCGGGGAUCCGCUGGUCCAUGCAAUCUAACCGACAGCAUCGGAAACAUUGAUAGUGUUAUUGACACUUUACUUGAAGCAACAAAGUCUGCGAUGAAAGACCACUUGCCAAGCGGCGUGGAACAGUUGGAGUCAUCAUGGAAAGCGUAUCUUCAAACGUGCUUCACCUCUGUGUGGAUUGGACUGGCUGGUCUAGAACGGGCUGGCUUGGAGGAAGUGCUGGCGCCCAAGUUGCGCGAGGCAUUCGGUAUUUCCGAGGAAAAUAAUUUCCGAUUGACCAACGACGUUGAUCAAUUAACCGCGGCAGUUCCAACAACGCAAGGUACCCCAUCUGUCCUUGUGUUGAUUGCGGGUACCGGAAGUGUUGCUAUGAGGUAUGAUUGGUCUCAGGGUCAGCAAAGAUACACUCGUUCUGCCCGUUCUGGAGGCUGGGGUCACAUGCUCGGGGACGAAGGGGGCGGCUACUCAAUUGGCAUGAAAGCCAUCCAACACACCCUUGCAGUCUCCGAAGACAUAACGCUAGGUCUCACCACCAGUGGAGGCGACGAACUCGCCAAGGCAGUUGCAGAGAAAUUGGGAUGUCAAGUCUCCGAGAGCGCCAGCGUACUGAACAACAUCCUUGCUCAGAACUAUUCUCGGAGUGUGAAGGCACGUAUCGCCAGUAUUGCGCCUGUGGUUCUCGAACUGAUGGAUGGAACCAAUACCGCGGGGGGUAUUGUGAAUGCACAGGUAGAGAAAUUAGUGGGCGAGACUCUCGGCCGUUUGGUGAAUCCUCAAUCCACUGGCUAUCACCCAUCAGAGGGUACUGUGUUAGUCUUGGCUGGGGGACUGAUGAAGAAUGCGAAGUACAGGGCCUCCUUGGAGGCACAAUUGAGCUCGCACAAUUUAUUGUUCCAAGGGACAGUGGUGGUUGAAGAUGCAGCCGGUGUCGGGGCCAAGUAUCUGAGUCGUUGA